AUAAUGUUAUCCGGGAAAGAAUUCAAUUCCUUUUUUUCUGCAUUUCAUCCAAAGGAGAUCCAUAGUUUAAACGUGGUCGACGAAUAUACGGGAUUUAUUCGCACUUGGUGCAUGCCAUCCUAAUCAUGAAGGCCUGAUUUAUUCCAUACUUAUAUAUGUGGUGUGAAACCAUAAUUUCUCUGUGCAGCAAAUCCUGAUAAAAGAAUGGAUGCAAGAAGUAUUUUAAGACCCACCAGUGGCAUCCAAUGCCAUAGAUAUGGACCAAUGCCUUCCCAUAGGUUUCAUGUUCCAGUCCCAUCUCUCAGUUUUGGAGAUACUGAAGGGCCAAACAGAUCGUGCUGUUUUGCCUGCCAUGAUUUUAGCAGUAAUCGUUCGUUGCAAUCCUCAUCUGCGAUCGAAUUCCGAGUUGGGAAGGCUCGGAAAGUGCAUAAAAACUUUGCCUUCAAUGUGGAAAAAGGUAUUUGGGGGAGUCCUUCAAAGGGGCAAGAUGACAUAGACGUACAAGGAGAGGUGAUCUUGCAGAAGGCCUCUCUUCUUGAAUUGACAGAUUACUCUGCAACUUUUGCAGACGAGAAAUCGGAUAAACUCGGGAAGAAAGUGUCCCUCCAGCUGGUUAGCAGCAACCAGAUUGACCCAGAGAGUGGAAGAGGGAAGACGUCUGAAGUAUUUUACUUGGAUUGGAACCCAUGGGAUGGACCAAUCGUUGGAGAUAAACACUACAAGAUCUCAUUCAAGUGGAACACUAGUCUGGGUGAGCCGGGAGCAUUUCUCAUAAGAAAUGAACAUCCACGAGAAUUCUUUCUAAAAUCUGUAACUCUUGAUGUCACUGGGCGAGGCAAAAUUCGAUUUCAAUGCAAUUCUUGGAUAUGGCCAGAACGCGUGGACAAGAAUGACCGUGUAUUUUUCGCUAAUAAGAGUUAUCUUCCUGAUGCAACGCCGGAAGGGCUUAGGACAUUGAGGGAUCGAGAAUUGGUGCAAUUGCGAGGGGAUGGAAAGGGAGAGAGGAAGACAUGGGAUCGAAUAUAUGACUACCACGUUUACAACGAUCUUGGAAACCCUGAUAAAGAUCCAUCGCUGAGGAGGAAUGUGCUGGGAGGCUCUGAACAACUUCCAUAUCCCAGAAGGUGCAGAACAGGCCGCCCUCCAACCAAAACAGAUCCGAAAUCCGAAAGCCCAUCUAGUUCUUCGUUCUUCAUUCCUCCGGAUGAGAGAUACCCUCACGCGGACUACACAGACAUAGCAUCCCAUUCAAUAGAGGCUUCUUUAAGUUCCUUAGUUCCAAAUAUCGAGUCAAAAUUCAGUCCAGAAUUCAAGUCCUUCGAAGAUAUUAAAGAUCUGUAUGUUCGAGGACUCCCCAACCCUCUGAAUUCUUUGAAGAGCAUUGGUGAGGCAUUCAAAAGCCCAUUCAAGUUCGUGCAGGAAUUAGUAGAUAAAGCAGAAGACAGUCCAAUCAUAAACUUUCCGCGUCCUCAAGUUUUUGAUGCUAAUGAAAAUGCUUGGAGAAUAGAUGAAGAGUUUGCGCGCCAAACUCUUUCGGGACUCACUCCCAUGGUUAUUAAACGUCUACAGAAAUUUCCUCCAUCUAGCAGUCUGAGCGCAGAAGAAUACGAACCUCAACAGAGCUCAAUCACAGAAGAACACAUAGAAAAAUAUCUAGAAGGCCUUUCCGUGUCCCAGGCUACAGAGUCUAAGAGAUUGUUCGUUUUGGACUACCAUGAUGUGUAUAUACCCUAUGUUGCAAGAAUUAACAGCCAAUCAGACAACGUGAAAACAUAUGCCAGCCGAACAGUUUUGUUCCUUACCAGCAGUGGCAUCGUUAAGCCCGUUGCUAUUGAGUUGUCGUUGGGUGCAACCACUGACCGACCAGCUGAACGACAUGUUUAUACUCCUGCUGAAGAAGGUACAGAAGAAGGUGCAGUGUGGCUACUGGCUAAAACUUAUGUUCGAGUCAAUGAGGCUGCAUAUCAUCAGGUGAUCGGCCACUGGCUUUUUACUCAUGCUAUUCUGGAGCCAAUCAUUAUAGCCACCAACAGGCAACUCAGCACAAUGCAUCCGGUCUACAAGUUAUUAAGGCCCCAUUUUCUGAACACUAUGGAUGCCAAUCAGGUUGCCCGUCGGACAUUAUUAAACGCUGGAGGAUUUGUUGAGACUUGUUUUUCAUCCUCCAUAUAUUCCAUGCACAUGUCUUCCAAAGCCUACAAGAACUGGAGAUUCAACGAACAGGGAUUGCCUGCAGAUCUCCUCAAAAGGGGCAUGGCUGUUCCAGACUCGACUGCACCUCACGGGCUGAGGCUUGUAAUUGAAGACUAUCCUUACGCGGUGGACGGUCUGGAGAUAUGGGCUGCUUUAAAGAAAUGGGUAACAGAGUACUUGUCUCUCUACUACAAGAGCGACACCUCAAUCAAAGGAGACAAAGAAUUGCAAUCAUGGUGGAAAGAAUUAUUAACCGUAGGGCACGCAGAUAUAAAGGAAGGAUGGUAUAAAAUGGAAAGCUUCCCUGAAAUGACAGAAGCACUGACCACCAUAAUUUGGCUGGCAUCUGCUAUGCAUGCAAAUGUAAAUUUUGGGCAUUAUGCCUACGGAGGAUAUAUGCCCAACCGUCCUACCAUGAGCAGACGCCUGAUUCCACAGAAGGGGUCGCCGGAAUAUUCCGAUCUCGUGAAGGAUCCAGAAGCAUAUCUGCUUAAAACUGUGUCGGAAAUAAAAACAACCACCACUGUGAUGACACAAUUUGAGAUUUUGUCGAAGCAUGCAAGAAAUGAAGUUUAUAUUGGACAGAGGAAGGGAUCCACUCCAGAGUGGACUGAUGACGUGGAGGUUGAUGAAGCUUUCAGUAGGUUAUCCUCUGCGCUGGAGCAGGUGGAGAAGAAUGUAAUGAACAGGAACAAUAAUCCUGAUUUGAAAAAUAGGCUUGGCCCAGCAAAGGUUCCCUACACAUUACUGUACCCAAGUACAUCUGAUGUGUCUCGGACAGGUGGGCUCACGGGUCGUGGAGUACCCAACAGUGCUUGCCUUUAAAAUAAAUGGAUCUGAAUCCACUAAAUUGGAUAGAAGUUUCAGUUUUCAGAUUUAGAAUGUUGGAAAUUACUUGACUGCUACAGAGCUUGUACCACCAAGAAGCAUUGCAUUGAAGUGUGGGACUUAAUAAAAAGUAGAGAAAUAUAUGAGAGCAGAUGUAUAUAUUAUGCUCAUAUUAGGUUCGACUCUCUGGACUAUCUUGAAUAACAGGUUGGAGCUUGUGGUAUUCGCACCGCUCCCUCAGUCUUCAAAUACUGUAAUUUUUUAAAAUUUUGUUUUAUAUAUUAAAAAGGUAUGUUUGAAACUUCG